CCAGGACUCUGCAUUCACUAUAUCUUGUCUCCCACAGUACAGAGAACAUGGAAAUGCAAUUGCUUUAGUAAAUAUAAACUGCUAAAUACUUUUUCUCCUCAGCAGUUUGAACAGUCUUUUGACUUCUAUCAGUGUCCAGCAGAACACUGAUUAAAGCUUGUGGGAGGAGUUUUCAUUCUCCUCUGAUUGUCCUAUGAGGCUGCAGGGCCCCUGACCCUCCAUCUGGACAGCGCUGAUUGGCCCUGUGCUGAUCACAUGCACCCUCCCAAAAAGAAAAACUCUAUAGCAAUACAUACCAAACAGAUCAU